AUGGCCACCAGCAAGCCACCAGUCGACUACCUCAUCACCGGCGCCACAGGCGGCCUGGGCACCGCCAUCCUGUCGACGCUGCUCAAGAACGGCGUGCCGACGUCCGCCAUCGCCGUCGGGUCGACGCGCGAGCACCUGGGCUCGACCUACGAGGCCCGUGGCCUGCAGUUCCGGCACACCAACUUCGAGAGCAUCACCUCGCUCAUGCGCGCCUUCCAGGGCGUCAAGAAGCUCUUCUUCGUCUCGACCAACACCUUCGACAACGAGAAGCGCAUGCAGCAGCACCGCAACGUCGUCACCGCCGCCGAGCAGGCCGGCGUGGGCCGCGUCUACUACUCCAGCCUCGGCAUCGGUGGCGUCGACGGCCAGCCGCACGAGGUCGACCUGAUGGUGGCGCAUCUCGAGACGGAGAAGAUGCUGCGCCAGUCGCAGCUCGUGUGGACCAACAUCCGCGAGGGCGUGUAUGCCGACGCGUUUCCCGUCUUUCUGAACUGGUACCCCAAGGAUCCGCAGCAGGUGCUGUGCCUGCCGUGCGACGGCGAGGUGGCGUUUGCGCUGCGGGACGAGCUGGGCGAGGCCACGGCCAAGUUGAUGAUGAGGGACGGGUUUGAAAAGCAGAACGUUCUCCUCACCGGCCCGCGCGCCAUCAAGCUCUCGGCCCUAGCGAGCGUCAUCAACCAGGCCUCCAGCCGCGCGGUGCGGAUGGAGUUUGUCUCGGACGAGGAAUACGUCAAGCGCAGCGCGCAAAGGGAUAUCGGCAGGAAAAACGAGGAAUUCUUUCGCAAUUGGGCAACGCUGCUACACAGCUUCGAGGCGGGCAAAGCUGCGACCGUCUCGCCGCUGAUGGGCCAGCUGUUGGGUCGCCAGCCAAGGGAUGGCGAGCAGGCAGUGAGGCUGCUGCUGCAGCGCGACAGGGACUACACCUGGCAUCAGAAUUACAUCAAGAAGGGGGAGAAGGGAGCUUCCAAGGGUUCCAUAACCGAGUUCAUGAAGAUGGGAUGUUGUUUCGUCUGA